AUGACCCUGGUGGGCCAGGAGCACGGCGCACUGGCCCCACAGCCAGGGAAGCUGAUAAUGCGUCGGGGUGCCGCAUGGCAGGCAAGCUCUGGCGCAAAGCUUCGAUUGUCGAAGCCGGUGCCGGUGCCGCGAACGCCCUCGGACCACCCUGCCCAAGCCCCCGAAGAGGAGGAUCUCGGGCCACUCGCGCCCAAGGAGGCUCCCCGGCCCGGCAAGCCCUCGCGGUCGCAGGGCUCCUGGGAGCCGAGCUUCCAGGCGGCGAAGGCAUCCACAGGCUACCGGGCCCAGCGGCCUCCUGCAGGAGCAGCGCCCUCACACCGGCCCGGCACCUUGGAGAUCAGGCGGUGGCAGUGGCCCACCGGGAAUUCCAGCACUCCGGUGCGAGGUCCGGGUCCGCCGUUGCCGGGCACCUUGGCGUAUGCCUCGGACAGUGGCCCUGAGGCUCCCGAGGAGGAGCCUCUGCCGUGGGCCGCGCCGGAAGAUGAUGCGCCGUCGGAUGCGGAGGCUCCGCCGGAGGCCCCUGCGAAGGAAGUACCCUCCGGUGCGGAGGCCUCCGAUGAUGCCUCCGAGAACGACGCGCCGCCGGAAAGCAGCAGCGAGGAGGGAGACUCCGGCACCGUGGAGGAGGCACGCCCCUAG